CCUUCAAUCCCUGCAGUUAUUGGAUGAAUCAAAUUCUUCCCCUUCAUGAACCAAACCCAGAUCUCUGCAGAGGAGCUGCUGAAACCGUGACAGUCGAAGGUCAGAACCUGGCAACCGACAAUGUGUCGGUGAUCGAGGGGGAAAUGGCCACCAUCAGCUGCAGAGUGAAGGACAACGACGACUCUGUCAUCCAGCUGCUCAACCCCAACAGGCAGACCAUCUACUUCAAAGAUGUUAGACCUCUGAAGGACAGCCGGUUCCAGCUGGUGAAUUUCUCUGACAACGAACUGCGGGUGUCUCUGUCCAAUGUGUCACUCUCCGAUGAGGGACGCUAUGUCUGCCAGCUCUACACGGAUCCUCCUCAGGAAGCCUACGCAGACAUCACGGUCCUGGUCCCGCCAGGCAGUCCAAUCAUUGAGAGCCGCGAGGAUGUGGUCAGCGAGGGGAAUGAGACGGAGCUCACCUGCACAGCCAUGGGCAGUAAGCCAGCUGCCUCCAUCAGAUGGAUGAAAGGGGAGGAAGAACUGACAGGGGAGACAACAGUUGAGGAGACGUAUGACAGGAUGUUUACCGUCAGCAGCCGGGUAACAUUUUCUGUCACCAAAGAGGAUGAUGGAGUACCAGUGGACUGCAUCAUUGACCACCCAGCUGUGAAGGACCUUCUGGCUCAAAGACACUUGGAAGUGCUAUAUAAACCAGAAGUGAAGAUUGUGGUGGCAUAUCCUGAGGGUUUAACCAGAGAAGGUGACAAUCUAGACUUGACGUGUAUCGCAGAGGGAAAACCACAUCCCCAUCAGAUCAACUGGCUCAGGGUGGACGAGGAUGUGCCGUCUCACGCCGUGGUCACCGGCUCCGAUCUGUACAUCGAGAACCUCAACAAGUCAUACAACGGCACCUAUCGCUGCGUAGCGUCCAACACGGUGGGCGAGGCUUACGAUGACUACAUCCUCUAUGUAUAUGAUGCUCCCACUACUAUGCCCACACCCACCACCAACCCAGUCAACACGCAAGACUCCAGAGCCGGUGAGGGGGCACCGCAGAAAAUUGACCAUGCUGUCAUUGGAGGAGUGGUUGCCGUGGUGAUGUUUGCCAUCCUCUGUGCGCUCAUUGUUCUUGGUCGAUACUUUGCCAGACACAAAGGAACUUACUUCACGCAUGAAGCCAAAGGGGCGGACGAUGCGGCCGACGCGGACACGGCCAUCAUCAAUGCGGAAGGGGGACACAACAACACAGAUGAGAAGAAGGAGUACUAUAUCUAAACUGGACGGGCCAGGAGAGACGGGUGGGAAUGCUGCUGGUGAUGGUGGUGGUGAUGGUGGUGCUGUAGGAGCAUUAUGUCUAACUCUGAUUGGUUACGAGACGGCUUGAGGGCAGAGAGGGUGAGAUUUAAAGAGGAGGAGAAGAAGGAAAAAGUGGGAAGUAGGACUGCCGGGGCCAAGUGGUAAUAAGAGGCGUUGAUGAGUCUCCUAUCCGACCCUUCCUGGACUGCCGGGGCCUGUUCUGUACAGUUCAAUUAUUUUACAGACAAUUUUGUGCCUUGUUCUAUUUCUUUGGUUUAUUUUGUUGGUUAUUUUCCCUGUCACAUGCUUGUUGGAUUGGAUUUUCUCUCCUUGUAUCUCCACCUGAUCCUUUGUUGCAUUUGGCUUUCGGAGGAGAUUAAAUGGGCCUGGUGUUUGUCUGUGUGUGCUGCAGCUGGCGUUUAGCUCAUGUACCCAGAUCUGAGGAGCCAGCUCAUCCACACCUUCUUCUCUCUGUUGAGUAAUCUCCAGAGUUCAUUAACUAGAAGACAGUGUCAACACGUUUCUCCUCACUGGGUCAGAGUGAGGACACAAGGUCUUCAAGUUCACCGUGUUGAUUACUAAUAUAACAGUUGUAAGUAAUCAUGGUUAUUUUAGGAUGUAUUUGUUCCUGACAGUGAAGUAGGAGUGCUGUUAAGUAUCAUUUCACACAAAAUGGCAAAGUACAACCGGUCCCUCGCUGGAUUCAAGAAAAAUUAGGUGUGAGGUCAGUUUAGCGUUUGUUUAGGGUGUUGUGGAGUACAGUCUAAAUGCUUCUGACAGCUGUGAUGUACCAUAAAUGGAAUUAAAAUUUCUAUAGAGAAAAUCAGAGAUGUUUAUUCAUCAGGAUUUUUUUUUUUUGCUGAUAACAUUCACUAAUGUUUCCAAUAGGCUGUUGCAGUCAGCCAAUGAAACUGCAGCCAACAGCUAAUUAGCUUAGCUUCCAAUACUAAAUAAAAAUGCAAUAACCCACCAUAAAACUGAACUAAACUUCAAAUUGUUAGUCAUUUUGAAACUUUGGUUUUAUACAAGUUUAAUAAACAAGAUAAAAUUAGUUCUAGGGGAGCUCGUAAGUGGAUUUGUUGCGCUUGGAUUGAGCUAGGCUAGCUGUUUCGUCUUUGUGCUUAGCUAAGCUAGCAUCAUUACCCUACAGACAUGACAGUGGUUAUCAAUCUCCUCUCCCUGCUCUUAUCAAAAAAGUAUAUUUCCCAAAAUGUUUUUUUCUUCAAAAUCCUGAUCUCGAUUACAUUCAGUGACUAUUUUCAUCAAAAUUGUUUUUCAUCCAUGGGAUGGGUGGACCAAAAACAUGGCAGAAAACAUUACUCUAAUAAUUAGAGCCAAAAAAAUGUCUUGUCUGUUGGCAGACAUGAUUUUGGCUGCAGGGUCAGAUACUCUGUGUUGCCUGUAAGAGACACCAGUCCUGCUGCAUUAAUCAUAGAAUCAAAAAAUAAAUAAAGAUUAAAUGUGCUAUAUAGCCUACUAGAUAUUAGUACGGCCUGCUGUGCUUGCUUCUGGUUCUAUUUUCACAUUUUAAUACCACCCACAUGGUCGACCCUGACUGAAUAAAAUAAUUAUUCCAAUGUCCAUGUAUACAAUGAAAAUGACUUUGUAUACAGCAAAGGCUGAGGGUCCACUUUGCAGAGUGCUCCUCUCUAAAUGAUUUAUUUUUAUCAGAUAACACAGCAUGAAAUGUUACAAGGACUUUGGUUUAUUUUAUUUUCCAAUGGUUCAUCUCUUUUAUUUGAUUGCAUUAUGUUAAAUGGAGGCAAGUGUGUCAACCUUUCAAUGACAUAUCCUUUCAGAUGAUGUGUAAGGUAUCAAGGUAUUUCCGCAUAUAUCCACAGUUGAAUCUUUCAUGCUAUAAGAUUUUUUUUCAGCCAUGGGUUAGGUUUCAACCUGAGUAAAAAGAGGUUCAGUCAUUGCAAACAUGAAUCAGUGACAUUACCUUGCUAUCUGUAAGGACAUUUUACCUUUAGGUUUGGAAAACUUGUGAGAGCUCUUGGCCUUUACAAGUUAUCAGAGAUUUGUGUAGAGCUUUAGACUUGGUUUGGAAAGGAUCAUUUCCUUACUGUCAUCCCGCAGUUGAAAACCCUCACAGAGGAGCCGUCUGCUGUAACAUAUUUCCUCUUUUCUUUUUGCUUAAAUCUGAACAUCCAAGCUGGCAGACAAGAGACGCAUUCAUGCCUCUGACUCUGUGAAAACUAGAAGAGUAAAACCUGUUUGGUAAUUAGUGUGUGAUUUCAUUGUAUUGCCUGAAUCAAGAAAAUCUGUACAUGUAUUAUGAAAAAGGAUAACCACUGCCUUAAACCCACCUCUUGAUACGUAUCAUUCUAAAUGAAAAGACUGAAGGACAUAAUUUAGUGCCUUCUUUGAUUUUGAGGCAUAUGGUUAGUAUCAUACAGUAUCCUCAUGAAUACUCUCACAGUAUAUCUUGUAUGUUUCUGUUCUUUUUAACUUACAGGGCCAAUACUCAUCCACGGUGUCUAUAUUAACGCACCAUUGACUUCCAUCAAAAAUACUAUAUGGAGUAAAAAGAAAAAAAUAAGCUGGAAUGAGUUUUAUCUUUAUAAAAAAUAUAUUUAUUUUUUGUUUAUUGGGGUGGUAAGGCAGCUUCCAGUAACUCGAAUAUCGUAUGCCAGGACAUAGUAUUUAUUGUCUAAAUUAGUGAUCACAAAACAAUUUCAAUUUGGCAUUAGUCAUUUUCUCUACUUCACUUCAUUAGUUUUUUUAUUUGGAUUAAAUCUUAACGGACAAGGCUUGCUAGUAUUACCAGAGAGGGAUACAGUACUAAACGCUGUAAUAAGCAACAAUAAAAGUAUAUUUUGGUGGAUAUUGGAGUUUUGGUGUCAUGGAAACAGUAAUGUGAAUGACAAAUUUUAUUUUGGGAUUUGUUAUUUAUCUUAAAUGGUUAUGAAGUGACAGCUGCUUUUAACUGGGGAACAUUGAAAGAUUUUCAGAGGCAUCAUUCUAAUCCAAUUUUUGAUUUUUUUUUUUAAUUGAGUAUGUUUGUUUUCACUCUCUCAGGUUCAUGAGUAUUAAUAGUUGUGUUUUUUGCAUCUCAGGUAGAAUGCAAAUUUAAGGCCCCAAGUAUAUACUGUAGUACCACAGCUACUCAAAAAGUGACAAAAUCACAAGGUGUACAUGUUUUUCUCAGUUGUACAUGUUUAUGUGUUCUUAAUAUGGUGCACUGUUACAGUAAACGUUAAUGUUUUAUUUUGCAUAGACUUAGUUCACAAAGACAGAAAACUAGAUUUGUUAAGCAAACAAAAACUAUGUACAGUCAGUGUCAACGAAUGUUCAUGAAAACUUCUUUGCUCAUAUAGUAUUGGUUAAUUAGUAAUUCUAGGAUGUGUUAAGCAUCUGUUUGCAUUCAGUCAUACAUAAAGUUUCAUAGAUGAAAAGAUGGCGUAUUUACUGUGACAUGAAGUUUUAUGAAUGAUCUGUAACAUGUCUUGGAUAUUUGGAUGAAACUCAUGUCAUCAAAGCCUGGGGAGGGAGGGAGAGGGGUGCUUUGGUUGUUUAUUACCCCCAGAUGGUUGUUUUUGUUGUUGAAUCUUAAAUUUCUCUCUGUACCCAGGCAACAUUUUUCUUUUGUGUAGUGAACAGGAUGUUUCUCAUAUGGCCAUGCAUAUUUUGUAUUGGUUAACACCAACAUUUUUACAAAAGAAAAAAAAAAAAGAAGAGUACUUGUCUUAAUAAAAAGA